GAUCCAUUUCCAAUACAGACCCACCGCCAACCAUCUUCAACACGGUCCUGAAUUAGUCCUUUUGUUUUUUUAGUUCUGUCGUCUCUCACUCUCUUCAAGCUUCACAAGAUUCGUAUUAGGUUUUAAAACUUUUACUAAAUUGAAAAAUAAACCAUGUCGUUGAGGCCGAGCGAGAGAACGGAGGUCCGCCGGAACCGCUACAAGGUGGCGGUAGACGCGGAUGAGGGACGCCGGAGGAGAGAGGACAACAUGGUGGAGAUUCGCAAGAGCAAGAGAGAAGAAAGCUUGCUGAAGAAGCGACGUGAAGGCCUUCAGAACCAGCAACUUCCAGCUUCUGGUUACGCUUCUGCUGUGGAGAAAAAGUUGGAAUAUCUACCAGCCAUGGUAGCCGGUGUUUGGACAGACGAUGGCAAUCUACAGCUUGAGGCAACAACUCAGUUCCGGAAAUUGCUGUCAAUUGAACGCUGCCCUCCUAUUGAGGAGGUUAUAAAAGCUGGUGUUGUUCCUCGUUUUGUUGAGUUUCUUAUGAGGGAGGACUUUCCUCAACUCCAGUUUGAAGCAGCUUGGGCGCUUACAAACAUUGCCUCUGGGACAUCGGAAAACACAAAGGUGGUUAUUGAUCAUGGGGCUGUGCCAAUAUUUGUAAAACUUCUUGGUUCUGCCAGUGAUGAUGUUCGUGAGCAGGCUGUGUGGGCAUUGGGUAAUGUUGCUGGUGACUCUCCCAGAUGCCGUGAUCUUGUUCUUGGACAUGGAGCUUUGCAGCCUCUAUUGGCACAAUUGAAUGAAAAUGCAAAGCUUUCCAUGCUCAGAAAUGCUACUUGGACACUUUCAAACUUUUGUCGAGGCAAGCCUCCACCUCCUUUUGAUCAGGUCAAGUCUGCACUUCCAGCUCUUGCACGUCUCAUUCAUUCAAAUGAUGAAGAAGUUUUGACUGAUGCAUGUUGGGCACUCUCAUAUCUUUCUGAUGGUACUAAUGAUAAAAUUCAAGCUGUAAUUGAAGCUGGUGUGUGCCCUCGUCUAGUUGAAUUUCUAAUGCAUCCUUCUCCUUCAGUGCUCAUGCCUGCUCUUCGAACUGUUGGUAAUAUAGUUACUGGGGAUGAUAUGCAAACUCAGUGCAUUAUCAACCAUCAAGCAUUGCCUUGCCUUUUGAAUCUUUUGAGUAAUAAUUAUAAAAAGAGCAUCAAGAAGGAAGCUUGUUGGACUAUCUCAAAUAUCACAGCUGGCAACAAAGAGCAAAUUCAGGCUGUGAUUGAGGCUAACAUCAUCGGGCCUCUUGUUUAUCUACUUCAAAAUGCUGAGUUUGAAAUUAAGAAAGAGGCUGCCUGGGCAAUCUCAAAUGCUACAUCUGGUGGUACUCAUGAGCAAAUGAAGUAUCUUGUAAAUCAAGGGUGCAUCAAGCCUUUGUGCGAUCUCCUCGCUUGUCCUGAUCCCCGAAUUGUCACAGUUUGUUUAGAAGGCCUUGAAAACAUUUUGAAAGUGGGAGAGGCAGAUAAGAAUUUGGGAAAUACUGGAGGGAUAAAUCUGUUUUCUCAAAUGAUAGAUGAUGCUGAGGGGCUAGAAAAAAUUGAGAAUUUGCAGUCACAUGACAACAAUGAGAUUUAUGAGAAGGCUGUGAAGAUUCUCGAGACAUAUUGGUUGGAUGAGGAGGAUGAGACAAUGCCACCUGAUGAGGCUUCUCAGCCUGGUUUUCAAUUUGGAGGUGGUGAGGCGCCCACUGUCCCAUCUGGUGGAUUCAAUUUCAGCUAAAGGAGUUUUUGCUGCUUGUAUAUGGAAGUUGUAGUGAAGUAUGAUGGGACAAUGGUUUAGGUGGUUGCUGUUUGGUCCUGUCUCAGGUGUGAUUUUAGUUUGGAUGAUUGACUGGCCUUGAUUUUGAGUGUGGCCAGGUUAUUAAAGCUGCAGACAAAGAUAUAUACAUCCAGGCGUUGGAUGAGAAGGUGAUCUGCUGGUACAAUAAUUUCACUGAACCAGUGGAAGUAGAUAUCUAUGGAGAUUGGGCUCAGUCUUAAAACAGGAAAAAUGUGAUCUAUUUAUAAUUUUCUUAAAGCUGUUGUGGUAGUGGUUUUUAAUGCAGUUCAUUCACUUACGAUGAACGUUUGCCUCUUCUUUUUGUCUACUCAACGAAUGGCCAGAGUCAUUGUUUGUUUCCCAGAAAUUGUGGUUAUACCAUAGUUUGGUUUGGGUAUACCAUCUUCCUUUUAUGCGGAAAACUUUCUAAAACUCAUAUAUACCGAAUGCAAAAUAGAUUUUACUUACA